CGGCAGAUGAGCUGGAGCCGGGCCUGAGCUGGUGCAAGUUACCUCCCUAAGGCAGCACACCUGAGGAAACGUCUUUCCCCUGGCAUGGGCUAUGUCAGAUUUUGUAGAGCAUGCCCCCUGUGAGAACUUUGAGGCCAAUGUGUUUGCCAAGAGCCGAUGCCAGAAUUGUUUUCGGGCAGUUGCUGCUCACCACCAGCCCAGCAACCAGGUGCCAGAGGAACAUGCUGUGGAGGCCCCACAUGGUGAUGCCACCAGUGGGCCAGACCCAGGUGGACUUUGGGACCCCCUGUGCAUCUUAGCUCCCCAGUGUGAGCUGUAUGUGUGUGCGGGCUUCAAGGACAGGAUUGAGGACUGGCAGGAGAGCUUGGCGUACACCCAACUCAGCAGCCGAGCCCAGGGCAAGCAUGAAGAAACCAGCACCCGUACUGAUAUCAGCACCGACACCAGCACCGGUACCGGAAUCAGCUUCACACUCUCGGGGGACUGGGAAAUGACCAGGCUGCUGGACAGCAUUUUGGGAUCGGACAAACAAGACACGAUGAACUACAUGGGCCAGAGGAAGGAGGUGCAGAUUGGAGCCCUGCAGUCAGACAGACCCAGGUGGGGUCAGACCAUGUCCUGGGGCAGAACAGAGUCCCAGAGCUUCAUGAAAGAAAUCUCCCCUCGGAAAGCAGAAUCCAGUCCUGUGAGCCAGAGCGCUGGGGAUGGCUGGGCAAAGCAUCAGAUGGAGAGCAGUUAUUUCUCUCUGGAACGCCGGAAAUCUGACCCCACCUGGGUCUCCUCCACUCCACGAGCCAGCCCCAGCACCUUGCCAACACACAGUGACCCAGUAAGGACUGGCAGGCAUCUCAUUUCCUCCAUCGGUUCACUGGACUCUGGGGUGCACGAGGCGCGGCGGCGAGGGGCGACACUCCUUGGUGCGGCAGGAAUACACAGUGUUGGCUGAUCUGCCCAAGCCCAAGCGGAUCAGUCACAGGGAGGCAUUUGAACAGGAACGCAGCAGCUCCCGCACUCGGAGCCCGGGCCGGGCAGAGGUGGAGCGGAUCUUUGGAUACGAGCGCAGGAAGUCCGAGACGCUGGAGGCGUUCCAGGCCCUGGAGGAUGGCCUCUUGGACCGGCUGGAUGGCAAGACCCCACUGCUGACCAAAGAAGGGCGAUUAGGCAGGAGGCAGUCCAGCCCCACCCUGUACAGAGAGGGGAACAAGAGGCUCCCACAGCAGCUGGAGCAGCCCGGCAAACGCCGAGGAGAGGCCCUGCGCUCAGUGAGCCCAGCUCGGAGAUCGGAGAGAGACUGGAGGAGUCGAGUGGACUCCAUGUGCCACGUGAGUACAGACAAGUGCGUGGACAGAGAAAGGGUGCCUCCUCAGCCCUCGAAUCCUGGAAAACACACCGAUAGUAACUGGAAAAGCCAGAGGGAUUCCCUGCACCCCACAAACCCCAGGAAGAGCUCAGAUAACAGUUGGACUGGCCGAGGGGGGCACCUGCGCUCCUUGAGUCCUGGGAAGCGCACAGAGAGCAACUGGAAAAGCCCAAAGGAGACCCACCCUGUGAGUCCAGUGACGAGCACUGAGAGAAAGUGGAAGGAUGCAAAAGAGCCCCUGCACCCUAUGAGUGCUGGAAAACGCACGAGUGAGCGACAGAGCCUAGAGGAGAAACCCCACCUUGUGAGUCUGGGAAAAUGCACAGAGCGUGAUCAGAAGGGCCGGGGCAAAUCACUGCACCCCGUGAGUCCAACUAGGCAGCCAGAGAGGGACUGGAGGAGCCAGGCAGAGACCCUGCGCUCCGAGGAGUCCAACCGGGAAGCCAGAGAGGGACUGGAGGAGCCAGGCAGAGACCCUGCGCUCUAGGAGUCCAUCCGGGAAGCCAGAGAGGGACUGGAGGAGCCAGGCAGAGACCCUGCGCCCCAGGAGUUCAUCUGGGAAGCCAGAGAGGGACUGGAGGAGCCAGGCAGAGACCCUGCGCUCCAGGAGUCCAACCAGGCAGCUGGAGAGAGACUGGAGGAGCCAGGCAGAGACCCUGCGCUCCAGGAGUCAAACUCAAAGAUCAGAAGACAACUGGAAAACCCAAGAGGAGUGCUUGUGCCACAUGAAUCCAAUGCAACAGCUGGAAAGGGACUGGAGAAGCCAAGGAGAAUGUCUGUACUCAGUGAGCUCAGGGCACCAGCCAGAGACCACUUGGAAAAGCCCCGUGAGUCCAAGUCAAUGGUUAGAGAGUGACUGGAAGAGCCAUGAGCAGUCCCUAGACCUAAGCUCAGAGAAGCAAUUGGAGAAUGACAGGGGCAAAGAGGAGACCCUCUUGCAUCAAUCCCAGCUAGAUCGAGGCACAACCCGACCCCUCAACAGUGCCUGCUCCAUGGGAAGCCAAGAUCUUUAUUUGAACACUAACGGGCAACGCCACAAG